CAAUCAAUCUACAUUGCACGGCCUUAUGCUAAAACACGAGCGAAAACUCCGAAAAGCAAAAAUCUUCUCUCAUGUAAAUGACCAAUCAAUCAAUCUUGUUCUUUAGUUUCAGUGACGGCGCUAAGCGUAUUUAUAGUGAAGUGGGAUUGUUAACAGCACUUGUCAUAAUUCCCGCAGCCAUCAAGUCAUGACAUCGCAGCACACCCUCGUAGCUCUCCUGGAAACCUCCGGCCCCAGCGAUGAGGUGCUGAGCUUUCUCCACGGUGGGGAUAUUGCAGGCCUGGCCUGCGUGUCAAAGCAGACCCGCAAAGCCGUGCAGCGCGAGGACGGAAAGCUGAAGUGCAUCAAUUUGGUGAUCCGCUUCAAGUGCGAUGAGGUUCCAGGCUCAUAUGACCUCACCGCCCAGACCCGGGACUUAGGGCAUAUUUUUGCACGUGUCGACGUCCGGGCGGUGAAGACCUUGUUUGUCGAAGUGCACGCAAAGUUUGUCGGCCCCGGAACUGCUGAAGAAAAUGCACUUGACGUGAAUAUCGACCCAAUUUUGCCCCAGGUCCAGUCUUUGAUGUUUCCAGAAGUGCAGCACUUCGGCCUGGCUGUUUACGACGUAACGCCAGCGGGCACGCUGGGCUAUGAGGAUCUCGGUAUGUAUCUGGACCCUGAAAGGUGCGACGAGUCUGUUUUCAAUCGGUUUGCGCGAUCGCUGGUCGCCUUACGGAAUUUGCGAACCCUUUUCCUUCCCGGAAAGAUCGCAGAGCAGGGCAUCAACUUCCCGGGUGGCGUCAGGACGCAGCUCCCCGAGUUACAGACGGUGCAUAUCAUGAGCUACUUUAACCUCAGCGAUGUUGAUACAGAUUCUCUGCUUCACGCUGUCCUUGCGGAUGAGGAAGCGAGUACGGGCGACGAAACAGACGACCACGCGGUCGUCGGGAGUGCAGCCGCAGCCGGUGGAGUAACUGCGCAAGGCGGUCUUGUCGCUUUUUCCUGCUUCGACUUUGAUAUGGAUGGCGUGCGGCGUCUAGCGCCUGACUCCGCGGGCGCAGCGCUUUGGAGGAAAGCGGUGGGGCCGUCUCUGCGAAAGCUCUCGCUGCGCGGGAACCUGGAGUUCUCCAAUGAGGAUGGGGACGAAGGGGAAUUAAAGUGGUUCUGGUCUCGGUGUAGCAACGUAACGCACAUCGAAUUGUCGGGGGCACCACCGAAAAAGUUUUGGCGGGAACGUCUCCCGAGCCUGCAGUCGAUUACUUUUGCCGGCGCGGCUACGUGUGGCCGCAGGGCAUUUCGACCCGACAUCAUAGGGGCUCUAAUCAGCCUCGAUUUGUCCAAAAUUCGCCUGGCGUUUUACGACUUCGGCCUGGCUGCCAUAGAGUUUGGUGCUUUACUCUAUAAGGUGGCGCAUGAAAACAAGCAAGGUCAUGGCUGGGACGCGAAGAAGUGCAGCGCGUCUCCGCUUCUUCACAACAAGACAUUGCUCCACAGACUUAAUAUGCUUGCGAAGUCAACGUACAACAAGCCCGACAUGUUGAAAUAUAGGCUCACGAGUGGACCACCUUUGUGUCCUAUGGCAGAACUGGAGGUUACUGCGGGAAGAGAAGCCGCGUGAUGUGUUUUACUUGGUGUGAAGAACGAGUCGCUGCACAGCCUUCAGGUGUUUUUUUCACGAGGAUUGCAAUAAGCUGUCUAACAA